AUGCCUUCCUACUCCAAUCCGGCCGCCGUCGUCGACAGCGGCAGCAUGUCGUCGGUGUUCACCGAGACGGAGUCCGGGUGGCAUGUUGUCAAGAUCGAGAGGUACUCCCAGACGAAGGGAGUGCUGGGCGUCGGCGCCUGCUUCAAGUCCACCGUGUUCAGCGCCGGCGGCCACCGCUGGCGCAUCGGGUACUACGCCGACGGCUACGCCGACGACACGGACGACUGCAUCGGCUUCGAGCUCUUCCUCGUCGACCACCCUGAUCACGACGACGCCGCCGACGACGACGUCAAGGCCAAGUUCGUCUUCACUUUGCUCGACCAGGCCGGGCAGCCGGUGGCCGCGUACACGGCCGCCUCCGAGGUCGGCACCUUCUCCAGCGCCGUGCCGUCGUGGGGAUUCGAGAGCUUCAUCGAGAGGACGGAGCUGGAGUCCAAGUACCUCCAUGACGACGACAGCUUCAGCGUCCGGUGUGAUGUCACUGUCUACAAGGACAGCCGCCGUGAGAAUCUCAUCACCGCCACGCCGCCGCCGCCGUCGCGUUCGUGUGCUCGCGUGGCUGUUAGAUUGAUCUUGUGGCUUAUUCUACUAGUUGCAUGUCGGGUCGUGUUCGGCUACAUCUGUUAG